AAAACUUUUCGGGUUAACAAUAUCAUUUUGUUUUAUCUGAAAUGAGACGAAUUUAUACGAGAUUAUUCAUUUCAAUGCAAUCCAUUAUUUUCCCACACAAUUUAUAUGCUACAUGUAAUCUUAUCCUCUUAUAUUUCUUUUAUAUUAUGUAUCGUUUUAAACGGUGAUGAUCAUAAUUAAUCUAAACCAUAGCACAAGUGGCGCAUGUUUUUACAUACUUUGACGACGAAAACAAGAUAAUGAGGAACUUUUAUCUGGUAGGUGUUAUGUCUAUUUCAGUUAGCCUUUUACGCUCUGCUCAACGCACAACGGUACACCCUUGUCCGUAGCUUCUAUGGUGCGCUUUGACUUGGAAAAAUGAAGGUUAUACAUGUUAUUUGUGUAUGGAUUUUCCUUCGCAAAUUAUCGGCAAUAGUAAUUGAUGAAAAGUGCAAAAUAGACUGUGCAUGUUGUAUAGAUAGAGAAUGUGCACCAGGCAAAUGGUUUUGUAAUGAAUGCACGUUAGGCUGUAUUGAUGGUCAUAGAGGUGGUCGUUGUUAUGAAAGAUGUACGCAUAACUGUACAAAAUGUGAUAAUCGCGCAGAUACGUGCACUGCGUGUUAUGGUGGAUAUUAUCCAGGUCCUGUUGCAGACUGCACAUCAAAAUGUUUGCCUGGAUGUAAAACAUGCACUUCCGGUAUCAAUUGUACAUCAUGCAAGGACGAGUAUUACAACGACAAUGGUCGAAUUGAUUGUAGUUAUCGCUACUGUCCUGAAAAUUGUUAUUGUGAAAAUAAACAGUGUGUGUCAUGUAAGGACGGAUAUUACGAUACCAGUAAGUCAUGUAAUAGUUUAUGUCCAGGUAACUGUAUCACGUGUUUGUCGGAUACUGAUUGUGGAUCAUGUAAGGAUGGAUAUUAUAAAGGUUACCGGAACGACAACAUAAACCCCCGUUUGUUUACCGACUGUACAAAUAAAUGUCCAGAUAACUGUGUACGAUGCUUAUCAUAUGACAGUUGCUCUGUUUGUAAAAUAGGGUUUUAUGGAGCAAACUGUGAGAAUACAUGUUCUACUGGAUGUACUACAAACACUUGCGAUAUACUGACAGGAAAUUGUAAUUGUUUUUCUAAUUUUGCUGGGGAAAGGUGUGACAAAUGCGAAACCGGGAAAUAUGGAAAUUUAUGUGAUCAACAAUGUCCUAUGGGAUGUAAAGGAAAUGUGUGUGAAAAAGAUACCGGAGAUUGUACAGACGGUUGUACUUUAGACAGGAUCAUUGGGGAUAAAUGUGAUAUUUGUCCGGCAGAGCAGCGGGAAAAUACUUCCAUUGUUGUGCUUGGAACUCUUUUUGCUGUGUCUCUAAUGGGUAAUAUCUUACUAGUGACAGGUUUGGUUCUUCUGAAAUAUCGCAAAAGAGCAACUAACCAUGACAAGAAGAGAGGACAAAUGUUCGAAAACUCUGGCAUUGACUUGGAAUGGGACAAUGUACCAAAGAACACUGAUGGAACUCCAAAACCAUCAACAAGCGACAAUAGGGUAACAUCGCGCGAGUAUGAGGACCUUGGAGACGCUUAAGUUAUAGAGCAGGAAUAUGGGAACAUCCAACCAGACGAUUAACUGUCAUGACUGAUUAAUAACACGUGAUAUAAAAUUUUAUUUCUACUAACCAUACAGAACGAUGUUUCUGCUAUGAUGAAUGUUUCUAUGUAUUUGAUUAUUUGAUAAGUGUAUCAUAACUCAAAAUUAAACUAUCCAUCAUCAUGUUGUGAAAGGACAUCAAUUUUGCUCCAAUUAUUCAAAUCUUGUCAAAGUUUGUUAUAUACCAUUAAAUAUAAUUUGCUGUGUUUGAUGCAUUCUUUAUUUUAAACUCUCCCUUUCCUUAUGAUUAUCAAAAGCCACUAGCUUCGUUGCAAAUAUUAGAUGUGAACAUUAUUCAUACAUUGAUUUACCUAUUUUAUGUGUUAUUUCGGAGUCAUUAUAAAAUCUUUCUUUUUUAAUCUUAUCUUUAUAUAUCUUUAUCAAAGGAAUAAAACAAUAUUAUUUUAUUGCCCAUUAAAUUUAGUGGAAACAGAAUAUCAUUUCUUAUUAAUAUGCCCAAAAUAUCACAAGUUACGUAGAAAGUUUUUUAAACAAUAUUUUUGUAGAUGGUCUAUAGUGUAGAAAUUCGAAACACUUAUGACAAGCACAAAUAUCAUCAAAACAAUUUGUUAUGUGUCAAGUUAUCUGUAUUAUGCAUUUAAAGAAAGGACAUAACUUUAGGUUUUAGCCUUUUAGUGUCCGUAAACACUCUUUUUUCCUUAUGCAGACGGGGGAAAGGGAGUUAACUAUGACAAAAAAUGCUUAGUACAUUUGACGGUUAUGUUAUCUUAGAAAUAUUAAUAAUUGCCGUUAAAUGUCUUUUUACAUUGUUUAAGUACAUUUGUGUCUCACAUGUAUAAGUAUGUUUAUGCAACAUUUGUCAACUUAAAUUGAAAAGUUACAUGUUCAUACAUUGUGUUAUUCCUAACCUUUGUUUAUACUUGUCAACAAUACUUCUCAGCUUACUUACUGUAACUUAUAACACUCUACACAACACUAUAUAUAUGAAUUAAUAAGUACUAUAUCUCAAUUUUGUAAUGCUUCCAUCAAUGUCAUUCUUAUUGGUUUCACUACUUUACCUUAUGAUUCUAAUGUAUCAAUCUUUAAAUCAGUUCAAAAAUAUAUCCGAGAUACAAAACGAUUUUAGCGUACUUAAAACCAGAGAUGUCUUAACAUAUUUGACGUUUACUAGAUUAUGCAUCUUAGUUCCUCGUUAUUGUUCCAUCAUUGUUCAUCCAUUUCUUCCUUCCUUUUUCUAAUAUUUUUUUUCAAUAUUCAGUGUAUAUCUAUUGUGCGUAUCUAAUAAUAUACAGAUGUAAGCAACCAAAUAAGAUAUUAUUUUGCUUCUUCUUACUUAAUUCUAAAACGAAAAAAUUACUAAAAUAUGUGUUUGUCUAUUUGUACUUUUUUGUGAGUUGCUUUAUUCUUCAAUCAUUUUUUUCUCCUUUUUACUGAUGCUCUUACAUAUGUUACAUUGUUAAAUACUUAACUCUUUACUAUUAUGUAAAUGUCUUUGAAUACUUCAACUAACCGUUGUGUAUGAUAAUGCCAUGAACUGUGUUAUUGUAAACUAUUAUAACUGGGGGAGGACAUUCAUAAGCUUUAUAGCUUUCUCCCAAUUCCAAAAUGUACUUUGUAAAUAUUGUUCACUUGUUAAAUGUUUUGUUGAAUAAAUAUGUUUAAACCAACACUAUAAUAUAUGAAUUGUAUGACUAUAAAUUGUAUGUAUGGAAGUCUAUGUUUAAUAAAAUAUAUCUCAUGUUAUAUGUUACUUUAUGAUUGAUUAUUUGUAUAAUUAAUUAAUUUAACAUUUAAUCAACGAUAUGAAUACCGAAUCUUUCUCAUGAUUCAUUAACUCAUUUGAUACCUUAUACGAGAUUUCAAAUUUACAUUUUCGUUGUCCAGGUGCAAAAAAUAGCAGCGUUAAUGUUUACGAAUGUAUUUUUACACGUACUGAAAAAUAUGUUGACUGACAAUUUUAUUACGGAAUGUAUAAUAUGAAUUGAUAAUAGCCAAAGUUUGACUUUGUUUAGAGAAUU